AUGGGUGAACAAGAUCGUUCAAAGUUGUACGAAAAAUUUGUUAAGCUAUACACACAAUAUUAUUCUGCGACUGUAUCACACAAUCAAACGCUGUAUCACAAUGCUAAUAAAGAAUGGAAUACGUUGAAAACCGAUCAUGCCGCUCUGUGUGAUAAACUAACCGAUUACUCAUCAAAAAUUAUGAUGCGAAAAGGUGAUUUACAAAGAUAUUGGGGUAUGAAAAUGAAAACGAAGUCAGGAACAACAAUAAGUCAACUUACUCCAUCGCCGACUUUAUCCUUAUUAGGGACGAAAGCUGUUGUCUGCAACAACGAGGUUGAAGAAACAGCAAAUAAACGUGAAACACCAGCACAGACAAAAACCUCUAAAGAAUUGCACGAUGUGAAUGAAAAACUAACAAAACUACAGGCAUUAAAAUCGACCGGUUUAUUCACAGAUGAGAACAGGAGAAUGAUGAAAGAUUCUGAAGAGCAGAGAAGACUACUGAAAUUGAAAUUAAAGUCCCUGACAACUGAUCAAGAACGAAAACGGAAGAAGCGUGCCAAUUUCAAACAAGCACUGAAUGUUAUAGUUGAAAAACAUCCAGAUGUUGCUGACACUUUAAAGCGUUUUAAGAGAAACGAUCCGCAUCGUCCAUCAUUAGAGGUAGAUCAGCCUGGUUUAUUAGAAACUAUUCUCGAAAUAGCGUCACCAGCUGCUGCAGCGGAUGAUCGUCGGCGAACUGAACUGUUGAGAAGUAUAAAGACAUUGGAUGAUCUAACCGAAGAACUGUCGAAGCGUGGAUUUCAUCUCAGUCGAACCGGUACAUAUUUAAGACUAAUUCCUAGAAGAUGGAAUACAACUGAAGGAAAACGACAUGUCACAACAGUGCCAGUAAAAUUAAUUCGUGCACAAAAUACGAUGCGACAUUGUCAUCCUGACUCUCGUUUAGCAGCAGCCUCAAUUGAGUAUUUGAAAGAUUUAGCAUCGUUGUUUGGAUCUCAGUGUACACUUGUAUUGAGUCAGGAUGACAAAGCACGCGUUCCUUUAGGGCUACCAGCUGCUAAGAAGCAAGCUCCAAUUCUUAUGCACCUUGAAUAUCGUGUUCAACUCCCGGAUCACGAUUUUGUUAUAGCGGAAAAACACAAGUUGAUUCCCAGUGUUUAUGCUGUAUUAACAUUUAAAAAUAAGUUGUUGUCGUACUCUGGACCAACAUACAUCGGUAUUAGAUCUGGUAAACAUGAUCGUUCAACAGCGUUCACUCAUUUACAGGAUUUAUCUAAAUGUUUGUCAUUCAAUCCAUUCAAACAAUAUUCACACACUCCCGAACACAACAUUCAACCCACAAAUACAUACAGCUACACAACAUUCAACCCACCAAUACAUACACAACAUUCAACCCACAAAUACACACAGCUACACAACUGCGCACACAAGCAGCCAGGCAC